AUGGCCGCCCACGCCGUCGCCCCCUUCGUCUACCAGCUGCAGCAGGGUCUUCGCAACGUCGACCUGAGGAGCUUGGUCAAUUCGUUCGACCUGAAGGGACUGGUCAACAAGCUGGACAUCCAGACGGUGGGUCUGGUGGCGGUGGUGGCUGUGGCCGCCGUGUUCCUGUUGGACCUGUUCACCAAGAGCUACGCCCCCUUCGGCAGGAGUCUGGUGUCCUCCGCCGCCCACGCCUGGGAUAAAGCCGAUCAGUGGGGCCUCAACGGAAGUGUCCGUGGAAGCCGUUCCCUGGAGCCUGUGACGAAGGUCCUGGACGCCCUGGCGGAGGCGGUGAAGAAGUGGGAGGCGCAGGAGGAGGGCGUCGUCAGGCAUCGUGCUUCUGAUCUUCAUUGAAAAUAGACUAUACAUAUGCCGGCAAUCAUGAUCAUGAAAAAAAAAAUUAAAUAGGUACAAAGUCUGCUUGCGGGCAAGCAAUUGACUUUUCAGAUGUGCAGUCCUUACCGACC